AUGAUGAACUUUCGACAGAGGAUGGGAUGGAUUGGAGUCGCCCUCUACCUCCUCGCCAGCGCUGCCGCCUUUUACUACUACGUCUUUGAGAUCAACGACACGUACAACAGACUGGCCCUGGAGCACGUCCAGGUGAAGCCGCAGGAUCCGGAGAGCAGCGAGGCCUCGUGGACUCACUCCCUGAAGGCGCGGCUCCUCUCUCUGCCCUUCUGGCUCUGGGCCGCCCUUUUCCUACUGCCCUACUUCCAGGUGUUCCUCUUCCUGUAUUCCUGCACCAGGGCCGACCCCCGCACCGUGGGCUACUGCAUCAUCCCCAUAUGCCUGGCCGUGCUGUGCAAUCGUCACCAGUCCUUCACCAAAGCCUCCAAUCGGAUUAGCAGACUGCAGCUGAUUGACACUUAG